UUGGAGAUUGUACAAAUGAAAAUAAACGCUAUUAUUGUCGUUUUUUUGCUGAGAUGUAUCCUUCAAAAGUCAACUCUGUUUAGAGAUCUAUCUUUCAUAUUUCGAAGAUCAAAUCCCUACCAGGAGAUGAAAUCAAUGAUGAACUUCGGACCUAACUCCUUAACAUUUUCCACAUAAUAUCUGUGGACAAUGAUAGGAAUAUCAUUGGCAGCAAGUGCUUGGAACGCGAAUCUUGUUGUAUAUGCAAUAGAACAAUACAACAUGAAGGAGAUCACUGCUGCAAAAUUGUACAAUAUAGUUAUUGGUGGUAUGACUUUGGUCUCCGUCAUUAGUGCAGUUCUUGCAGACUCCUUCUUCGGAUCGUUCACCAUCUUCAUUGUUGCAUCUUUUGUUUCUCUGAUUGGUGUUGUCCUGUUUACGAUUUCAGCUACAGUUCCGUCCUUAAGGCCUGAAUUAUGCAUCAGAAAUAACUUGGUAGAAUGCGAGCCCCCAUCGACUGUACAACAUGGGUUCCUUUAUGCCACAAUCGCUUUGGCUGUGAUUGGAGCGGGAGGCACGAACUUCCUACUCGGAACAAUUGGUGCAGACCAAUAUCCUAACUCACCUAAACAUCGUCAAGUUUUCUUUAACUGGUUCCUUGGUGCACAUGAAAUUGGCGAAGUAAUAGGGUACACUGCUGUAGUUUACCUUCAGAGUAACGUUAAUUGGGGAAUCGGCUUUGGUAUUGGCGUUGCUGGAAAUGCAUUGGCCAUACUGCUCUUCUGUUGUGGAUCAUGCUUUUAUCGACGUGUAAUGCCACGAGGAGGAAGCCCGUUCACUAGCAUAGCUCGCGUUGUUGUGGCAUAUGUAAGGAAGCUUAAAACAAAUGCAACAAAGUCAGAAAUCGAUGGUAAUCCUUACUUUUAUGGUACCUCAACAUCAAGUAUUGUUCAUAGAGUUCCUCCAACUAAUAGCCUCAGAUUUCUUAAUCGAGCUGCCCUAGGAAGAACGGAUGAUAAUGACGUGAUAGCAAGCCAAAGAUUAAAAAAAUCAUGGAGCUUAUGUACAGUGGAGGAAGUAGAGGACUUUAAGAGGUUUAUAAGAGUAUUGCCAAUAUGGUCAUCUGGCCUUGUUUCAAGUAUCAUAUUCGGAGUAAAUUCAAGUCUAGUUGUGCUUCAAGCUUUAGUAAUGGACCGAAGCAUGGGAGCUCAUUUCAAAAUCCCGGCAGGAAGCAUGCUCAUCUUUAUCAUCGUCUCAACAUGCCUAAUGAUCUUUAUACUUGAUCGAAUUAUGUAUCCAUUGGUGCAACACAUAAUUCGUCGAACAUUGACACCUUUGGAGUCCAUAGGUUUCGGGUAUCUUGUUAACGUGUUGAGUGCAGUAGCUUUUGCCCUAGUCGAAAUGAAGAGACUAGAUUUAGUUAAGACUAAAAUUUUGAUGGAUAAACAAGCACAAGUAGUGGCUCCUAUGUCGGUUUUUUGGCUCGUCGUUCCCCUUGGGUUGAUGGGUAUUGGCUCAGCAUUUUAUUUUCCAACAUUAAUGUCAUUCUAUUAUCAAGAACUUCCGAUUUCACUCAAGAAUACUGCAAAUGCCAUGAUUGCCUUACAAUUUUCAGUUGGAAGUUAUCUUGGCAUCGUUUUUCUUAGUGUUGUUCAACAUUCUACUUCAUGGUUACCAGAUGACAUUAACCAUGGCAAUGCAGAUUACCUAUAUUGGACACUAACAAUCUUAGGAUUUAUAAGCUUUCUAUACUAUCUUUUAUGUGCUAAGUUGUACAAGUAUGAUUAUUCUGAUGGUCAUAUUGAAUCCAUUUCACGUGAUCAUUAGUUGACAAUUUGACAUCAUUUACUAUUAUCAAUAUAAUGUAACUUUUAUGACAUUUUUGGUACGAUGAUGACCUUGACCGAGU